AUGCCCAUAUUUUCCUCGGACGAUCCACUGUCCGCUAAGGCCUUCUCGAGCACACGCUUCACUCUCCCGACCUCCCCAACUCUAACUCCAAUCUCAUUCAUCAGUUUUCGAACAUUCUCGGCAACUUCAAACCUAUCCACCCUCCCUUCAUCACACAAAUUCAUCCCGAUCUCCCAAUCGUCCACCACUAGCUUCCGGUUCGUGAACUGGUCGGUGUACAAAGGGAAGCAAAGCAUCGGCACUCGAAACCAAACGCUCUCGAGCACCGAAUUCCAUCCGCAGUGCGUCAGAAAACCCCCCACCGCUUCAUGCGCCAGCACUCGUCUCUGGCAGCACCACUCAACCACCAGCCCGCGGCGACCUUGUCGGGCUUCCUCCGGAAGCGGGCUUUCUUCGCCUCAAGGCCCACAAGAAGUCAACGUCGCUAAGGAGAAGGCCGUGGGCUAUCUCCGUGAGGUCGUUCUUGGAAAUGUGCGCGUAGCUUCCGAACGAGAUGUAGAGGACCGAGCCAGGGGGACGGGAGUCGAGCCAGUGGGUGCAGUCGGACUCAGGCCAGAGGCUGGUGGAUAUGAUAUUGUCGGUGUCGUGAGAGAGAAUUGGGCCGAUGGCGAAGAAGGGAAUUUUUUGGAUGUUAGGUCCUUCGGUUUGAUGGAUUGGACUCCUGUGAAAACCAAAGCAGCCUCGGUCCAAAACGAGACGUACGAAAGCCCGUACCUCUUAGCUAACUUCCCGGGCCACACGAAAUACGUGUCGGCAAUCAAGCAAGUGACGGUCGGUUUCGAGUCCCUCACGAGCCUCUCGACGGCCUUCUCCACGUGGGCCGACAGCUCGUGCAAGAGGGCCGACUCAAAUUGCUCCGAGUGCGGGGACCGGUCGAGCCCGACCGGAAGCCCGUCAGACACGGUGGCGUACCGGAUGUCGAGCCCGGACGAGUGGCGGAUUCCGGCAAAGAUGUCGCCGGAGCGGGCGGAGGAGGCGGCGGCGGCGGCUAUGAUGCGGCGGUGGAUGGAUAGGGUGUUGAUGAAGGUGAUGGUGAAGCCUCUAGAAGCUAGGUGGAUGGCCAGGUGUACGGACGGGUUGACGUGGCCUUGGAGAGGGUAG